AUGACGGUUACAAAAUUGAAUCUUGAAUUCUUUUCCCGAAUCAUUGUCCAUAUUCCAUUCAAAACGGUUUCUCUUUCAACCUUCAUCUACUCUCUUCCGAAUCGUCUUCCUCGCUGCCGGCGAUCGUCAAGGAUCUAUGUUGACCUGACAUAUUCAUCCUCGUUGCGAUUAUUGGACCUUCUACACUUUCUCUGUUCAACGUCGUUACUUUCUUAUACACUGCUCAGAGCUUUUGAAAAAACAUCGCUUCGAGUUUUUGGACUCACGGUGAUAUUGAUGAGGAAAUUCAAAAUGCAUCAGUUUAAUUGGCACCAACUCAAGGCAAUAAAAGUAACCUUCAGGGAAUUGGACAUUGCUAGCUUAACUGGUGUUGAAUUGGGGUUUUAUAAGAAGCUUUGA